GCACCGCCUUCCCACGGGGAACACAAACCUGCUGGCGGGAAGAACCCGGAAAGAAACCUGUGGAUCUCCCUUCGAGAUUGUCCAAAGAGAAGAAAGGUGACUUUGACAUUGGCGCCCCUUAGCAGCACUCUGCAGAAAUGCCUCCUCAGCUGCAAAACGGCCUGGACAUCGCGGCCAAAGUUGUCCAGGGCACCCUGGACAGCCUGCCCCAGGCGGUGAGGGAAUUUAUCGAGAACAACGCUGAGCUGUGUCAGCCUGAUCGCAUCCACAUCUGCGAUGGCUCCGAGGAGGAGAAUGCGCAGCUUCUGCGCUACAUGGAGGAGCAGGGCACCCUCAGGCAGCUGAAGAAGUACGACAACUGCUGGUUAGCUCUCACUGACCCCAGGGAUGUGGCCAGGAUCGAAAGCAAGACGGUUAUCAUCACCCAAGAGCAAAGAGACACAGUGCCCAUCCCCAAAACUGGCCUCAGCCAACUCGGUCGCUGGAUGUCAGAGGAGGAUUUUGAAAAAGCAUUCAAUGCCAGAUUCCCAGGGUGCAUGAAAGGUCGCACCAUGUACGUCAUCCCAUUCAGCAUGGGGCCGCUGGGCUCGCCUCUGUCAAAGAUCGGUAUUGAGCUGACGGAUUCACCCUACGUGGUGGCCAGCAUGCGGAUCAUGACGCGGAUGGGCACGCCUGUCCUGGAAGCACUGGGCGAUGGGGAGUUUGUUAAAUGCCUCCAUUCUGUGGGGUGCCCUCUGCCUUUAAAAAAGCCUUUGGUCAAUAACUGGGCCUGCAACCCGGAGCUGACGCUCAUCGCGCACCUGCCCGAUCGCAGAGAGAUCAUCUCCUUCGGAAGUGGGUACGGCGGGAACUCGCUGCUCGGGAAGAAGUGCUUUGCUCUCAGGAUGGCCAGCCGGCUAGCCAAAGAGGAAGGCUGGCUGGCAGAGCACAUGCUGAUCCUGGGUAUAACCAACCCGGAGGGCAAGAAGAAAUACCUGGCAGCUGCAUUUCCCAGCGCCUGCGGGAAGACCAACCUGGCCAUGAUGAACCCCAGCCUCCCCGGGUGGAAGGUUGAGUGCGUGGGGGACGACAUUGCGUGGAUGAAGUUUGACGCGCAAGGUAAUUUAAGGGCUAUCAACCCAGAAAAUGGCUUUUUUGGUGUCGCUCCUGGGACCUCUGUGAAGACCAACCCCAAUGCCAUCAAGACCAUCCAGAAGAACACCAUCUUCACUAAUGUGGCUGAGACCAGCGACGGGGGCGUUUACUGGGAAGGUAUUGAUGAGCAGCUAGCUCCAGGCGUCACCAUCACUUCCUGGAAGAAUAAGGAGUGGAACCCAAAGGAUGGGGAACCUUGUGCCCACCCUAACUCGAGGUUCUGCACCCCUGCCAGCCAGUGCCCCAUCAUUGAUGCUGCCUGGGAGUCUCCGGAAGGCGUUCCCAUUGAAGGCAUCAUCUUUGGAGGCCGCAGACCUGCUGGUGUCCCUCUAGUCUAUGAAGCUCUCAGCUGGCAGCAUGGAGUCUUUGUGGGGGCAGCCAUGAGAUCAGAGGCCACAGCAGCUGCAGAGCAUAAAGGCAAAAUCAUCAUGCACGACCCCUUUGCCAUGCGGCCCUUCUUUGGCUAUAACUUUGGUAAAUAUCUGGCCCACUGGCUUAGCAUGGCCCAGCACCCAGCAGCCAAGCUGCCCAAGAUCUUCCAUGUCAACUGGUUCCGGAAGGACAAGGAAGGCAAAUUCCUCUGGCCAGGCUUUGGAGAGAACGCCAGGGUGCUGGAGUGGAUGUUCAACCGAGUGGACGGGAAAGCCGGCGCCAAGCUCACGCCCAUAGGCUACAUCCCCAAGGAGGACGCCCUGAACCUGAAAGGCCUGGGGCACGUCAACACGAUGGAGCUCUUCAGCAUCUCCAAGGAGUUCUGGGAGAAGGAGGUGGAAGACAUCGAGAAGUAUCUGGAGGAGCAAGUCAACGCGGAUCUCCCCUGUGAAAUCGAGAGAGAGAUUCUAGCCUUGAAGCAAAGAAUAAGCCAGAUGUAAUCAGAACCUGAGCACUUUACCUUUAAAAUCAUCCCCUUUCCCAUCUACAAAGUGCAGUAGGAGCAAGAGAGGGCAAGUUUGUGAAAUUGACACCACCAUAAUAAUCAUCACCACACCAUGAGCAGAUCUGAAAGGCACACUUUGAUUUUUUUCAGGGAUAAGAACCACAGAACACAGGCUAGUCGCUAAUGAAAUUGGGAAGGGAAAUCUUAGCACACCUCCAGAAAUUCUCAUCCAAUGCAUAGUUUGUUGAAAUUGAAGGUUACCCAGGAAUUUUAUCUUUUUAGUGUUUUUUCACCUUAGCUAUGUGGAUUAGCGAGAAUGCACACCAAAAAAAAAAAUACUUGAGCUGUGUACAUAUAUGAGAGUUUGUAUGUGUGUGCACAUGUGUCUGUGUGGUAUAUUUGUGUAUGUGUAUUUGUAUGUACUGUUAUCGAAAAUAUAUUUAAUAACUUUGGAAAAAUCUUGGGCAAGAUGACAUACUAGUUUUGCUUGAAAGAAAUGUUGCUUUGUUAUUAAUAUGUGUGUUUAAAUUAUUUUUAUACACCGUUGUUCCUUACCUUUACAUAAUUGCAAUAUUUCCCCCUUACUACUUCUUGGGAAAAAAUUACAAAAUAAAGUUUUAUAGAAAAGAUG